UGCAGAGAGGGGGUCGUCCUCCAGAGGUGCAGCAGCACCACCUCCUCCCCCUGCCUCUACGUAUGAGCCGUCACGGUGCAGACAGAGGCUGGAAACAUGGCGGCGGACGGGAUGGUGCUCACCAACCACGACCAUACGACCCGAGUGGGCAUCCUGACGGUCAGCGACAGCUGCUUCAAGAACCUGGCAGAAGACCGCAGUGGAGUCAACCUGAAGGACCUGGUCCACGACCCGUCACUGCUGGGAGGAGUCAUUGCAGCUUACAAGAUCGUUCCGGACGAGAUCGAGGAGAUCAAGGAAACUCUGCUGGAGUGGUGUGAUGAACAGGAGCUCAACCUCAUCCUGACCACUGGGGGAACUGGUUUCGCUCCACGGGAUGUUACACCAGAGGCAACCAGGGAGGUGAUUGAGCGAGAGGCUCCAGGAAUGGCGCUGGCCAUGCUCAUGGGAUCCCUCAACGUCACUCCUCUAGGAAUGCUGUCCAGGCCAGUCUGCGGUAUUCGUGGAAAAACUCUGAUCAUCAACCUUCCAGGCAGUAAGAAAGGCUCUCAGGAGUGUUUCCAGUUCAUCCUGCCUGCUCUGCCUCACGCCGUCGACCUGCUGCGCGAAGCCUCCGUCAGAGUUAAAUCCACGCACGCUGCCCUGGAGCAGCUGCCCUCGCCGUCCUCGCUGCUGACCAACACACACGGGGACGCCCACGCCAACACGCACACCAUGGAGCGGGGCACCCAGUGUGAGGAAGAGGACGAAGAGGAGGAGGAUAUGAGGAGAGGGCGACACAACCACCACCACCACCAUCACCACCACCACCAGCAGCACAGCUCCUCCCACAUCACUGCAGCUGCCAUCGCUGCAAAGAUCCCGGACUCGAUCAUUUCUCGAGGCGUUCAGGUCCUUCCCCGAGAUUCGGCUUCUUUAAGCUCCACCCCCUCCGAAUCACCACGGGCCACACAGGCGACGUCCCGCCUUUCCACCGCCUCGUGCCCGACUCCCAAGGUCCAGUCUCGAUGUGGCAGCAACGAGAACAUCCUGAGAGCCAGCCACAGCGCCGUGGACAUCAGUAAGGUGGCACGCCGCCACCGCAUGUCGCCAUUCCCGCUGACUUCCAUGGACAAAGCCUUUAUCACUGUUCUGGAGAUGACGCCCAUUCUGGGCAUCGAGGUCAUCAACUACAGAGAUGGUUUAGGGCGGGUGCUUGCUCAGGACAUCUAUGCCAAAGACAACCUUCCUCCAUUUCCUGCCUCGGUUAAGGAUGGCUAUGCGGUACGAGCUGCUGAUGGACCUGGAGAUCGUUUCAUCAUGGGGGAGUCCCAGGCUGGACAGCAGGUGAACUUAGAUGGAUUUAACCUUCAGUCUGAUUGGCUGAAACAUCCCAAGCUGCUCAGGUGGAUUAACGCUGCAUUCACACAGCGCACAAAACCAUCCAUCCAUCAUCCAUCCAUCCAUCUUCCAUCCAUCCAUCCAUCAUCCAUCCAUCCAUCCAUCCAUCCAUCUUCCCUGACUGUGGGUGUUUCUGUCUCCAGGCCGAUCGGCCAUGACAUCAGGCGAGGGGAGUGUGUUUUGGCCAAAGGGACCCACAUGGGCCCCUCAGAGAUCGGCCUGUUGGCCACAGUGGGGGUCACUGAGGUCAGCGUGCACAAAUUCCCAGUGGUGGCCGUGAUGUCUACUGGAAAUGAGCUGCUGAAUCCUGAGGAUGAUCUCCAUCCAGGAAAGAUCAGGGACUCCAACCGCUCCACCCUUCUGGCCACCAUCCAGGAGCACGGAUACCCUACCAUCAAUCUGGGCAUCGUAGGAGACAACCCUGACGACCUGCUGUCAGCCCUGCAUGAGGGAAUCAGCCGCGCCGAUGUCAUCAUCACCUCAGGGGGCGUGUCCAUGGGGGAGAAGGAUUACCUGAAACAGGUGCUGGAUAUCGAUCUUCACGCUCAGAUCCACUUUGGACGAGUCUUUAUGAAGCCAGGUCUUCCCACCACCUUCGCCACCGUCGACAUCGAUGGAACAAGAAAACUGAUCUUCGCUCUGCCAGGUAAUCCUGUCUCUGCCGUGGUCACAUGCAACCUGUUUGUUAUUCCUGCUUUGAGGAAGAUGCAAGGAAUUCUGGACCCCAGACCUACAAUUAUUAAAGCCAGGCUCUCCUGUGAUGUGAAGUUGGACCCCAGACCUGAGUACCAUCGCUGCAUCCUGACCUGGCACCAUCAGGAGCCGCUGCCCUGGGCCCAAAGCACAGGAAACCAGGUGUCCAGCCGCCUCAUGUCGAUGCGAAGCGCCAACGGCCUGCUGAUGCUGCCCCCAAAGACGGAGCAGUACGUAGAGCUGCACAAGGGCGAGGUGGUGGACGUCAUGGUGAUCGGCCGCUUAUGAUGCAGACCCUCCACCUGCUACCGAUCACCGUGGCAACGCCAGGAGACUUCCUUUCUGGACAGGAAAUGGGGUGGGGUUGGUGGGGGCAGGAAGUGAUGCAUGUCUAUCUGGCGGCCAUUAGCUGUGAUGUCAUAUGCAACAGCCAAUCGGAGCCACUGCAGGCUGAGGCGCUCACUGUAUUUCAACAGAGAACAAAUGUGAAAAAAAAAUAUAUAAAAGAAGAUUUAUUCUGUAAUAUUAUUAUCCUAAAAUAAUGAUUAAUAUUCUUAAUUAAUAUUCUAUUUAUUAUUACCAUGGUUCUGGUUGAAUAUUCUCAUCUUAGUAGUCUUCAUCCCUCCUCCUCUUCCUCCUCAUUUGCUUUGUGCGUUUUAUUCUGGUAGGUCAAAGUAGAGACUUCCUCUUCCUCUGCUCUCCUUUCUUCUUCUUCCUUUCCUACUCCGUCCUUCACCGCCGCUUUGCUCCUCCAGCAGAUCCCAGCUGAGGAUCAGGCGGUCCACUUCUGGUUCCGGUCCGGUUCCGGUCCAGCUCCGGAACCUUUCCAUUCCAGUCCGCUACCGUUCUAAUACGGGUCCAGUUCCGCUCCGGUACCGUUGCGGUCCAGUUCGGUCCGGUCCAGGUCAGUUUCCGGUUCCGGUCCAGGUCAGGUUCCAAUCUGGUACCGGUCCGGUUCCGGUCCAGAACUGUUAGAAUUCUGCCAAGAAAUAAAACCUCCCAAAUCUUUGAUGUAUUUCUGGAAUUUCCAACCGAACAGGAACAGUGAAGCAGUCAAAGCCAUGAACAGAACCUGGAUCAGAACCGGGCCCGGGUCGGGCCGCCAUCAGAACCCACCUGUUGGAGCAGCAGACGAGCAGCUGCUCUUUGUUGCACUAAUAAAAACUUCAUAAAUGGAGCGGAAGCCAAAAAUCAGCAGAGUCUGAAUGUGAGGAGAGACAAACACUAAAAUCAUCCCUUUUAUUUCACUUAAUUAAAUUAUUUUUAUUUCUCUAUAAUUUCUGCUCUGCUAUAAAAUGACCAGACUUCAGUCUUUUUGGCCCUUCCAGGCCUCCGUACCACCCAGCAUCACAAACAGUUUUUCAUUGUAAUAUUUUAAACCCCGGCCCUGAACCCAACAGAACCCUGCUGGUUCUGGGUUCCGGUUCUGGGUUCCGGUUCCAGGUCUUAGUGGACCCGGCCUUCAGAACCAACCAGUCUGACAGCCAGUCGUUCAGACAAAAUGACGCCUGCUUUGAAUCCAGGAAACCUCUGGGAGGCUUCAGGGACUCGAAGUAUCGCCGCGUCACGGGUCGGACCUUUUCCCUGCUUCCUGUGGGCGGAUCCUAUCCGCCUCUGGAUGGGUCAUGUGACCCAGAGUGCGGCUAACUAAGCUAACAGUUAGCUCGUCUUUAGCAGGAUUCUAGACCUGCCAGUCCAAACUGGUCUGAUAACAGAACCAGAACACGAUGCUGCCAGUGGCCUGCAGGGGGCGCUGGGCCUGCAAGCUGCCGGUGUAGCGCCCCUGGUGGCUAAAAGUUGCUUAGCACUGUUUGAAGCCUUAUUACAAAAAAAAAAUGCCCAAAACUUCAAAUAAAACAAACUUUUGAAAAUAAAUAUUGAUCUAAAAACCCCUAAUAAUAAUAAUAAUAUAUAAAAGGAUAUUUUGGUGAAUUAAUAUUUUAUUGUAAAUGACUUCUGGUUUAACCUUCAAUCAAACUAAUGGAGAUGAGAAAAUAAACAACUAGUAGCGAAUAUAUCAGAAUAAAUAAUUGGAAAAUAGUUGAAAUGAUUUUAUUCUUUUUCAGAUUGUUUUUCCCCAACUAAAGAUUUUAUUUACAUUUUUUUUUAAUAUAAUUUCUUUCAUGUGGAACUUCAGGUGUUCCAUACAUGGACAGUUGAGCUAAUCCCUCUCAGAUUAGAUAAUCCUCCUCUGACGGUGCCAAACCCGCUCAAAGGUCAGCUGCUUCCUUCAUCUCAUGGUGCUUUCAGGGCCCUAAAACGAGUCGAUUUUACUGUAAAUUCAGAUUCCUUUUGACCGUUCCUGGUUCACUGAAACUUUCCGGUAAAUUUUCCCCCUGAAGACUUGAUGGAGCACCAUGUCUGACCUUUGACCCCCCCCAUGCCCCUGCAGGGGGCGUGGCCUCCUCCUUGGGCAGGUGUGAUUUCAGCCAGGGUGCAGCACCUGGGCAGCGCUUGUGAUCCAACGUUUCUAAAUGUGAGAUCCCGUCAUUCUUGAACCUGAAUGAUUCUGAAACUUCCCAGUUCCCUCAAAUGCACCAUAGAGCGCAGAUUUCAGCUGCUCGUGCUGCGUUUGAGUUACAGCAGGCUGGGGAGCGACUCAUUCAUCCUGUGAACGAUAUUUAGAUUAAAUAUCAGUGAAACGAAACAUUUCUCUUUAGUUUUCCCACAUUGGGCAGAUCAUGGCUGUGGAAAUUUCUACGUGACUGAAACGCAGCAUCUUGGGGGUCCUGGCCCCUGCCCAGAGAGGACCAAUCAGAUCCCUUGGAGUAAGAAGAAGAGGAAGAAGCAGCAGGUCAUUGUGAACUGACUCGGUACCGAGUGAUGGGUCCCACUGGAGCGGGCCCAGCGUCCCUCUGCACACUGACCAGCACCUGUAAUGAAGCAAUGACUCAGCAAUGACUCAGCAUUCUACUACUGUAUGAAACAGGAUGUUUUUUCUGUAAUAUUAUUGAAACUGAAGCUGAAUUAAAGAUGAUCCUGAUUAUUCUCUA